AUGGACGCCCAAUACUUGCCCACGUGGAAAGAUCUGCCUGCCGUGCCAGGCGCGCGACACGGCUUUGCGUGGGGCGUCUUCGACAAAGAUGGCGUCAAAGACGAGAUAGGGACGCUGAACAUCCUGACCGAACAGGUGGUCCUGCAGGCAAAAGAGGAGAUCAGGGUGGGACGCAGUGUCGCCCUCAACUGGGGCCUCGACAAGCUCAGUGAGCCCACCCUCGGCCGCUCCGUCUUGAAGCAUGAAUUGGUCGAUUGGCGCACGAAGCCGGGGUUCGACUUUUACUCAUGGGACGAUGAGAUCAGCUUCAACACACAGACAGGCAGCCAAUGGGAUGGUCUCCGCCACUGGGGCGAUGCGCAGACAGGCCUGUACUACAAUGGCCACAAACACGACGAAGUCACGCGUGGAAAGCAUUUGGGCAUUGAGCACUGGACCAAGCGAGGUGGCAUCGUAGGACGCGGUGUCCUCCUAGACUACGCCCGAUACGCUGAAAGAAACAACAUUCAGUAUAGUCCCAUGUCGAACCACGCAAUCACCGUCAAAGAAUUGAAGAAAAUCGCCAAAGAGUGCAACAUCACCUUCCGCCCAGGCGACAUUCUGCUCAUCCGCGUCGGCUGGACAAAAUGGUAUGACGAGCAUGGCGUGCAGGACAGGAACAAGUACGUCACACAUGCAUAUGCAUGGGCUGGCCUCAAGGGAUGCGAAGAGACACUCGAAUGGCUGUGGGACAACCACUUUGCCGCUGUGGCAAGCGACAACAACGGCGUCGAAGUGGUCCCCAUGGAAGACAGAUGGCGGCUGCACGACUUCUUGCUCGCGGGCUGGGGCAUGCCCAUGGGGGAACUGUGGGAUCUGGAAACGUUGAGCAGAGAAUGCGAGAGACAGCAGAGAUGGACAUUCUUCCUCACGAGUGCCCCUCUGAAUCUUCCAGGAGGUUGUGCGAGUCCCCCCAAUGCCAUUGCUAUCUUCUAG